AUGUCCAUGAACCUCCAGCAGAGGGAGUUUCGUGCUUUGACACCGUCCUCUGAGGUGUGUGAAGAUCCCUUCACUGCUGAUUUCCACCAGUCGACCUCUGUAAUGUCAUGCAUGACUCCACCGUACAGCCCAGACAGCGACCUGCACCUGGGGUCAGGGGUCACGGUUUCACCUGAGGCCAGAUCUCAAGCGGUCAGUGUGAUCCGGCACACGUCAGACACCUAUCGUGAUCCGCUCAGAUCUUCAGCAGGUCCCCCAUCAGCCCCUGCUGCAGCGCUGUGGGAUUCUCCGUCUGGAAACUCGCCAGCACUUUCAGUCUUCCAGAUGCUUCCAGUGACAGUGAGCUGCAGCCCUCCUCUGGCGUCUGUGGUGUUUGUGGCCAAAUCUUCAGUCGUGGUGAUUCUGCCCCCUAAACAAACGGUCACAGCACCUUCAUUGGGUUUGAAGUUCACCACCAUCGCUCCCGCUCCAGCCCGCGACUCGUCCGCAAACAGCCCCACCUCUGGAGCCGUCCCGUCACGGCCCCGCGAUCACAUCUGCACCCAUCCCGACUGUGAGAAAACAUACUUCAAAAGCUCCCACCUGAAAGCACACCUGAGAACACACACAGGUACAGAGAAGAUGCUUCUAUCACACCGACACGUAAAGCAUCUUUAUUGUUAGCAGGAUUUAGAUCAGUGCUUCUCAGCAGAGUUUUACUUUGGACUUUGGGUUUAUGAA